UUCAUAUUUACAGCAGGAAAAAAUUUCAUCAUUUUCAUCCAAACACACCUCUAACAAAACCUCCAUUAAUUUGAUCCCUCAAAAAAAUGGAACCUCCACCACCUCACCACCACCACCACCACCACGGCGGCGCAACCUGCGUCAACUGCGGCGGACCCACCGCAUUUCCACCACCACCACCCGAUACAAACCCUAAUUACAUCCCAAUCCGUGCACCAGCUGUCAACUUACCACCAGCCAAUAACCGUGAAAUCAUAAUGCGUACACCUGUACCUCAAUCACACCCAAUCAUUCCCUUAACUCCACCUUACCACUUCCAAACACCAACUAAAAAAAUCCAAUCCCAAAACGACGUCGUUUCGUUCCAAAACUCAUCAACUUGUGUUAACUUUCUAGGGUUUAUAGUUUCGUUAUCGGAAUCGAUUCGUUCGCGUAAACUCUCAGAUCACUGCCACGUGUCGGGUGUUGUGGCUGAGAUUGUUGAGAUUUUGAAAACCCUAAUUGUGUAUGUUGAUGAGAUUCCUUUAGCGCCUCAAUCGUCGCGAUACGGGAAUUUGGCGUAUAGGACGUGGCAUGAAAGGAUGUGUUGUGAUGCCGAGUCGUUUAUGGUGAAGUUUUUGCCUUUGGAGAUGAAGGAGGCGACUGUUGAGCUUGUUCCUUACUUUACUGAUAGUUUUGGGAACUCUAGUAGAAUCGAUUAUGGUACUGGACACGAGACAAAUUUUGCAGCAUGGUUGUAUUGUUUAGCAAGAUUAGGAGUUGUGAAAGAAGACGACUAUCAAGCUCUGGUGUCAAGGGUCUUCAUCAAGUACUUGGAAUUGAUGAGGAAGUUGCAAAUAACCUAUUCCCUAGAGCCUGCUGGGUCUCAUGGGGUUUGGGGACUAGAUGACUACCACUUUUUACCUUUUAUAUUUGGGUCAUCUCAGUUGAUUGAUCACAAGUACAUGAAACCAAAGUCUAUUCAUAACGAAGAUAUCUUGGAGAACUUUGCAAAUGAAUAUUUGUAUCUCUCAUGUAUUGUAUUCAUAAAGAAGGUGAAGAAGGGUGUGUUUGCAGAGCAUUCUCCCAUGUUAGAUGACAUUAGUGGUGUACCCAAUUGGAACAAGGUAAACAGUGGCUUACUUAAGAUGUACAAGAUUGAAGUUCUGCAAAAGGUUCCUAUCAUGCAGCAUUUCCUUUUUGGCUCCAUUAUCCCAUGGGAAUGAUGUGCUGGUAGGUGUUUUUCCUGAACCAUGGGUCAGUCAUAUAUAGCUUCCUAUUUACCAGCAGCUAUAUAGUGAUGGAGGAAAGACACAUUCUAAUAUUUUGGCAGCAAAUAUCUACAACAUUUGAUGCUUCUAAUGUAUCAACCUGCUUCUGCCGAGUACCUGCCGAGUAGCUGCUACCUUCCACACCGGCUUAUUGUCAGGAUUUUGGAUAUUGUUGUUAAAAAUGAUCUUGAGGGUAUUUGAUAGACUGAAGUGCUUUGCUAGACAGUCCUUUAUUGACUAUUGUCCCUAGAGUAAAAGUAUGCUAUGAGUAAAAAUACUCCAGUUGCAGAGUGGUUGCCUAAACUUGGACAAUUACCUCCUAGGAGGCCUGUAUUGCCAAUUAACACUGUCAACUAUGUCUCUGCAAUCCUUGUGAGUUGUGAGUUGUGACAAAUACCAUGGAAUUCUUUUAUCCUGGAGGAAGUAUAAUAGUUAUUUACCCUGCUGUCCUUAGUAUAAUAGUAUAAUAGCAUCUUUAAAUAUUUUGGAGCCAUUUUGUGGUAGAGAAAAAUGAUUUUCUUCGUGUGAAAUUUAUUAUCAGCUUCAUUA